UCCCCUCGAGAGUCUCCAAGGGCAGAGUCCGCCAGAGCCAUGGUCCCAAGACUUCUCCUGGCCCUCGCCCUCUGGGCCGGCUGCCUGCCCGGCAAUGGGACAGAAGCGACCCCACUGGCAGCUCCCACCCAGCCCAGGGUGCAUUGCCGGGCCUCCAGGUACCCCAUCGCCGUGGAUUGCUUCUGGACUGUGCCGCCUGCUCCAAACUCCACCGGGCCCACGUCGUUCAUUGCCACGUACAGGCUCGGCGUGGCCGCCCACGGGGAGAGCCGGCCCUGCCUCCAGCCGACACCGGGGGCCAGCAGCUGCACCAUCCCGGACAUCCAGAUGUUCUCCAUGGUGCCCUACGUGCUCAACGUCACGGCCGUCCACCCCCAGGGCAUCAGCAGCACCUUUGUCGUGCCCUUUGUCCCGGAGCACAUCAUCAAACCAGACCCCCCAAAGGGCGUGCACCUGAGCCCCCUCCCUGGGCAGCGGCUGUGGGUGCAGUGGGAGCCUCCUCAGUCCUGGCCCUUCCCGGAGAUCUUCUCACUCAAGUACCGGAUCCGCUAUAAGCGUCACGGAUCCGCCCGCUUCCGCCAGGUGGGGCCCAUUGAAGCCACAUCCUUCACCCUCAGGGCUGUGAGGCCGCAAGCCAGGUACUGCAUCCAGGUGGCUGCUCAGGAGCUCACCGACUACGGGGAACUGAGUGACUGGAGUGUCCCUGCCACCACUGCUGUGACCCCGGGCAAGUAGCAGGGGGGUCCCGGCACCCCCAAAGAAGGGCCUGGGUCCUUGACAUCCACCCCCCACUGCUGCCAUUCACCCUAGGGUGGAUGGGACCCGACCGGCCUGGGUUCACUGCUGCCGAGUCGCUGGGCAGCCUUGGACAAGUGACUUUGCCUCU